UAUUAAAUUUGUAAAAACAUGAGGUUAACUGGAUAUUUUAAAUGUUUGGUUUCAAAUUGCAAAUCUUUAUAAAAUCAUUAAGAUUAUUAAUUCAUAGACUUAAAACUAAAAUACUGCAAGGAAAUUACGAUUAGCUGCCUUAUUUCGUAUAACUCCGUUCCCCCAAUGAAAACUGAAAACAUCAAACUUCUUCUCCACUCCAAAGACCCAAACUCUAAUCAGAUUAGACUAACUAAGCUUCGAGGGAAUUGUGUGUUUUGCUGUCUGCUCCAAUUUACAUUCUUCUUCCUCUUCUUCGCAGUGUUGAUUUUCAUUGCGUUUGCAGUGAUUGACAUAGAACAUGAAAUGAAGUUAAAACAGAAGGGCACUAAGGACCUGAUACAGAACAACACCAUACCGGGCUCAGUGCUGUGCAAGUCUGUGACUGCUGACAACAUGACCUUGUUGACCCUGGGCUAUCUGACUGGGCUCCGAGGUGGAGAGAAGAGUACAUUGGAGGCUUUCAACCAGAUGUACUACCUCACAGACCGACACCUCACUGAUCAGGAGGCCUGCGCUGUAGAAGCUGCCUUGCGACUCUUCCAGGAUAAGUCUGUCUUCGUCAUAGAAAUCGGCAAUAUUACUAAUCAAAGUAACGCUCAUACUGACUAUCUUCAUUACUUGCGGCAGCACUACACCAAUCUGAACCAGAUCAAAUCCACAGCUGAUAGAUUCUUUAGCGGGUCACCAUUUCAAAAUUACUUCAAAAACAUUGACGAAUUUGCUGUAUUUUGUGCAAAAGUGCUUCUUGUGUGGCAGUUCGGAGGGACCGUCAUAGAUCCAAAUUUUCUAGUACUUUCUAGGAGAAUUUAUGACCAAAAUGAAGGGUUUUGUGAGGUUGAUAGAGAUUUACUGUUUUGCCCAAAUCAAUGUAGUGCAUUUGUAUAUCAGGUUGUGAAAACAAUACUAGACAUGAUGAGUGAUGAAAACUACAAUCAAACUCAAGGUCCAAUCAAGGAUACGGUACAGAAGAUAGUGGACAGAUCUGUUGCUGACUAUUGUGGAGACGAAGGAGCUGUCAAUGUUGGUUGCAUUGGAGUCAACAGACUUAAAGAGGAACAAAUCUGUGUGGACCUAUAUCAAGAGUGUCAAUAUUUAAGAGUGCAAGAAUGGAAAUCAAGAAAUAGUAAUUGGAAAUUAAUUGUUCAAAAGUUUUGCCCUAAGAUAGUGAUUAGGCUACAGUCAGGUGCCAAUGAUCAUUUUGUAAAAUAAUUGUAAAUAAAUUGUGGCAAUUGAAAUUAA